AACUAACGUGCGUUAGAAAAAAGCAAUAAGUAUGGAUCACGGUUCUUCAAUCCAUCAACGUCCUACGACGUCCUACAAUCCUUACAAUCAACCAUCUGGUCUUUACAAUCAGCCACAUAAUCCUUAUGGGCAGCAUGCUGUUGAUGGUGGCUAUCCUAACCCACAGUUGUUUGAAGACACGAGCGGACAUGGAGGCGUCCCUUUUCCUCCUGGAAAUCAAAUGUUUGCUGAUCCGAUGGCGUCUGUUGCUGUGCAGUAUGGAAGUCAUCUGGCUGGAGUUGGGAGAGAGAUGGUAGAUCAGAAGGUAUCUCAGUUUAUAUCAACAUCCAAAUUGAAAUAUUAUUUUGCUGUUGACACGCCUUACGUUCUUAAGAAAUUGGGACUUCUUCUCUUCCCAUUUCAUCACACAAACUGGGCAGUUCGAUACAACAAAUCAGAGCCCAUUGUUCCAAGGUACGAGAUCAAUGCUCCUGAUCUCUACGUUCCAGUCAUGGCUUUUGUGACAUACAUUCUUGUUGUGGGACUCGCUCUUGGCAUGCAGAACAGAUUUUCACCUGAGCAAUUGGGUAUUGCUGCAACGUCUGCUUUUGUGUGGUUGUUCCUUGAGAUCGGAGUCAUUGUUUUUGCUCUCUAUCUUUUCCACGUCACCACAGAUCUCCUGACGUUGGAUCUUAUUGCAUUUUGUGGCUACAAAUACGUCCACAUGAUUGUCACUCUUCUUGGUGGCAUUUUGUUUGGAUCUUAUGGUUACUAUGGUUUUCUCAUAUGGACAAGUCUGAGCAUAUCGUACUUUCUGGUUAGAACUCUGCGUCGUAGUGUUCUACCUGCAACUGGAGACGAUGGCAUCGCUCAUGCAAGCAAACGUCGUAACUGGCUUUUACUUUCAAUUACACUGAUGCAGCCAUUCUUUGUGUGGUGGCUUACUAGUCAUGUACUGACGCACCAAACGAGUAUAAAUUCAUACUUUACGUUGUGAAUCUCACAUUAACAUGUGGUGAUUGACAUAUGUUGCUUGCCAUACAAACGUAUUAAGGGAUUCUUUGCCUGAGCUUCUAGAUUGCUAGUAUUAAUUAUUCCGUGAUAGUUAAAUGGAUUGGAUGCUGGAUAACGAGAUGUGAAUGGAAUGAUGUCUGUUUGAUGAC